CACUACAAGUUAGUGGUUACACUUGCCUUUCCCCUACUUCCCAGGCGCAAUCACACCACCGCUUCUCUCUUCUCGCUCUCGCUCGCUUUCCCCUACUUCCCAGGCAAGCAUCGAAACCAACCAAGUAAAGAAGCUAUCGUUCCGGGGCUCGGCGGGGUCUUUCCAUGGCGUACUACGGCGACCGGCGAGCGGAGUCGUCGAUCCUGGAGGCGUUCACGCUGUCGCCGCUGCCGUACCCGGUGAUCCUGAUCCUGCUCAUGGUGACGCUCCUGCUGGGCGUCUCGUGGUUCUUCACCUACGAGGACUUCAUUGAGGAGGCCGCGGAGCAGUUCAGCUGGGCGCUGCUGGCCGUGCCCAUCGCGCUCGUGCUCCUCAUCCGCUGGAUCUCCUCCGUCGACUCCUUCGAGGGCUACUUCGGCUUCUACCCCAGUGAGCGCCGGUGGAGGGGAUACGAAGGCGCCCCCGCCGAGGGUAGCUCCCCCUGGGGCGUUGCCAUGGUCGUCGUGCUCCUGCUCGUGCUCGCCAGCUUCCACUCCACCUUCCAGGACAUGUGGAAGCCCUGAAUCCUGAUACGUAAUUCGAUGAUGUAUGCAACUUGGCUGUCGACGGUGGGUGAUUGGGACUAAGCGGAUGCUUAGUAACGAACGAUUAAGGAGGCAGGACGAAGUCAAAGAUAAUUCUAGUUGUACAUGUGGAUGUCAAGCAAAAUAUAAAAUAAAGGAUGAAGACAGCGUGUUGACAAAGUCAAGCGAAAGGGAUACCGAUGCAAGUGACAAGACAGCCCGAGGGAUCGAGAGCGGAAGAGACUUGUUGGUGGUCAGGAUCGCAAGACGGAGUAGACGUGUCGAUAUCAGAGCACUUGCUUAAGGUCUAAGCAAGUGAUGAGUCACGCUUUGAGAAGUGUGGAGAGGGUUUUACAGUUGGGCCUCAAAACCGUGGGAGGAUUGAAGGAGUAUGUAGCAUCAUCGCGAAGCUUGCGUCGAGGUGAAGCUAAGUCAUGAAGGCGUCGCGGCUGUUCGAUGGACGGGGUAAGAAAUUGAUCAAAAUAUCUUUGGUGGUAGGUAGGAGUGUACUAUAAAAGAGAUAUUUUGGUAACAAGUUACGAAAUUUAGGGGUCAAGUUUUCUAUGCCUAUAAAUAGAGGAGUAGGGCUAUGGGAGAGUUUGAACCUGCCACUUGAGCCUCUUUUGUUAUCCAUUUGAGAGCCUAGUGCUAAAGUUUUAGGUGAGAGGAAGAUGAGUGCUUAGCCUAUGUAAUAGAUGAGAGUUUUUAACACAAAAUCCUUACAAUCCGUCUAAAAUAGGGCUGAUCUCUUUGAGUAAUAAAGUUAUGUUUUUGCAUA